AUGACCCGGGCCAAACUAAGUCAAGAAACGGGAACUUUAGCCUCGGCCCACUGCUCUGAACAGCAUAAUACCCGGUCCAAACAUCGCACCACUCGGAUUUCACGUGGUCUUCCAAUCAUGUCGCUCCAGAGCAAAAUUAUCGACAACAUUUCUAUUUUGAACAACACAGAUGGUACAAGAGGCGGUGGCAGACGUUUUGCUUCAAUUCUAACUUCUGACAAUCCAUGUAUGUUCUCGAUACGAUUGAACUAUGGUGGAGUUUUUACGAAGUUUCCAGGCCGCAAAUACAUAAAGGGGAAGAUGAAAUAUAUUGAUGGCAUUGAUAGUGACUUGUUCUCGGUGCAUGAUAUGGACGAGAUAAUGGAAUUGCUUGAUUGUGUGGAACCAGGUAAAAGUAUUUAUUAUCAUUUCAAACGACCAACCUGGGAUUUAGAUUUUGGGUUGUAUGCUUUGGGUUGUGACGAAGAUAUAAACCACUUUAGGUCAUACGUGUAUGAACACAAGGUGAUAGAAGUGUAUACAGAGUUUUGGGAAACCAAGCUGCAUACGUAUCAAAUGUCCCCAAACCCUGCAAAGAUAAAGAUACACGAAAUUCCUGAGUCCCUUUGUCGUAAAAGCUUGUUAUUGACAUGGUCAAAUUCAGGGGAUUGUCCUAGUGAAGAAGCCCCUGUUUUUGAGAAUGUAGAAACUAUGGACGAACCCCCUAGUACAUUACUUGAAACAACCUUGGAACAACCCCUUGUUACAUUGAGUGAAACAGUUGAGUCAACCCCUGCCUAUAUACCAAGAAUUGAAAGCCCUUUGACUGAACCAAUGAUAGGAAGCACAUGUCCUAAUGUUGAUGGUUGGGAUGAUACAUUUGAAUGGUGUGAACCUUUUGGUGGGACUCCUAUGGAACAAGAUGAACCAAAUAGUGAAAAAGCAGGUGAAGACAGUCAAGCUAGUAAAGACAGUCAUGAUAGUGAUGACACUGAAGAUAGUGAAUACAGUCAAGAUAGUGAUUACAUAGUUGAUGAAGAUAAUUUGUUAGAUGAUCCAGAGGUUGAUAUGAAGAACUUUCACCUCAACAUUGACAAAGAGGUGGAGUGGGUUGGAAGUUUUCCUGAUGAUCGAGAUGAAGCAGUAGAAGGUGAUGAAGAAUUAGAGGUUAUAAACACUGAAGAAUUUGUAUCUGCAUCUUCAUCAGAUGAGGGUGAAGCUAGUAAAAAAAGGAAGAAGAUAAGAGAUUUACGAAGAGCACAUAAGAAUGAAGCAGCUGCUGUCAAAGAUCCAUUUUACAUCCACCAGACUUUUAGCACAGCCAAGGAAGUUAAACAACAAAUUUAUCUUCAUUCCAUACAGAGUAGAAGGGAGUUAGACUUCGUCAAGAAUGACAAAAAUAGGAUUAGAGUGGUUUGCAAAGGGACAAUACCAAACCUUGGGAUAUUAGAAACAGGUGGGACCAGCAAAAGUAAUGACAAAGUGGGACCAAGUCAAAAGAAAAAGAAAGUGAAAGAUGGUUCUAUUCAUAAAUGCCCAUGGGUCCUACUAGUGAGUAAGUGGAAAAAAGACAUUAACUGGACUGUUAAGACCUAUGAAAAGCAACAUACGUGCCUUCAAACAAGGAAAAUUAGGGCAUGUAACUACAAGUUUCUCUCUGAACAGAUUGUUGACACAGUGGAGGCAAACCCAGAAAUACCACUUAGAGCAUUACGUGAGAUGCUUGAGAAGAAAUACCAACUUGGAUUGUCAGACAUGAAAGUUCAUAGGGCGAAAACGAAAGCCCUGGAAUCAAUUAGGGGAGAUUUUGCUGCUCAGUACUCAUGUCUAAGAGACUACUUACAGGAGGUGCAGAGUAGAAAUCCAAACACCACAGUCAAACUUCAAGUGCAAAGUGAACCAUGUUAUGCAUCUGAGACCAGGGUAUUUGAACGAGUAUACAUUUGUCUUGGUCCACUGAAAAGUGGAUUUGCAGCAGGGAAAAGAGAUUUACUAGGGCUUGAUGGUGCAUUCAUGAAGGGUCCAUACCAUGGUAUGAUCCUGACAGCAGUGGGUUUAGAUGGGAACAAUUGCACAUACCCUUUGGCAUAUGCAGUUGUUGAAGCAGAGAACUUUAAUUCAUGGACCUGGUUUUUAACUAACUUAGGAGAUGAUCUUGGUUUGUAUGCAAACUCCAACUUCACUUUCAUAUCAGAUAGACAGAAGGGGUUAUUGCCUGCACUUGAGAAACUUUUCCCAGCAGCAGAGCAUAGAUAUUGCCUAAGGCAUCUUCAUGAGAACAUGAAACGUAAAUGGAGGGGCAAGGAAUUCAAGGAUUGUCUUUGGAAAUGUGCAACAUGUACCACCAUACCACAAUUCAACAGUGCCAUGGAAGAACUAAAGAAACUUAACAGUGAAGCAUAUGACUGGCUUAAUUCUAUUCCACCUAAGCACUGGUCCAGAUCCCACUUCUCAGGGAGGGCACAUUGUGAUGCUUUGUUGAAUAAUAUGUGUGAGAGUUUGAAUAGCAAGAUAGUGAAGGGUCGUGAUAAGCCAAUUAUCAGUUGCUUGGAGUUUAUUAGGGAGUAUAUCAUGAGGAAAAUUGUCAUGGUUCAAAAAGAAAUUGAUAAAGCUAAUGGCCCAUUAACUCCUACAGCCACUAAGACCCUUGAAAAAAUUAAAGAAAGGGCAGUACAGUGUAGGGCAGUGUUCUGUGGCAAUGGGAAGUACCAGGUUACAAGUGAAGGUACUAAUCAGUAUGUGGUUAAUAUGGACCAACAAACUUGUUCAUGUAAUAGGUGGGAACUGACAGGCAUACCCUGCAAACAUAGUAUAGCAGCUAUAUGGGAUAUGAGGCUCAACAAUGAAAAUGUUGGAAUACCUGAGACAUGGGUACACCCAACUUAUUGGCUCAAGACUUGGAAAGAAAUGUAUGUCUUCAAAGUUGAACCUAUUAAUGGGAGGUUAUUGUGGGAAAAAAGCACAUGUCCUACCAAGUUGAUACCACCAAAGUAUCGUGUCCCUAUUGGCAGACCAAAAAAAAAGAGAAGAAGAUCUGCAACAGAAGAUGAUGGAGUGUCCACAAAAUGGAAAUCUGUAACAUGCACAAAAUGUGGAAAUGUGGGCCAUAAUGGAAGGACCUGCAAGGGACAAUCACAGACUGGGAAUGGAACAGGAGAAGGUGCAGCAGGGAAUACAACAGGAGAAGGUGCAGCAGGUAGCAGUGGUGGUGUACAAAAUGGAGUUGGGAACAAAGGAAAAAGCCCCAUGCUUUGAGAAUUUGUAGUUUGGUAUCAUGAUUACUUUGUUGUUAUGUUUUGUAUUUUGAUACUUUGUUGCUGUCUAGGAUAACUAUUUGUAUGCCA